UCAGAUCUGCCCCCCGCGAGCGCACAAACACACACACACACACGCGAGUCAUGACCUGACAGGACUCCAAAACACCCCCUCACACCUUACCACCGAAUACUCACUGUUGCUGAGCACAAGAAUAGGAGAUAAGGAAGUCAAUGAGGAUUGAGAAUGGAGGCAGUGAAUGCAGACGAGUUCACGGUGGAGGCAGUGGAGAGGGCUCUUCAGCAGCUCUACUAUGACCCUGAUAUGGACAAGAAGAAUGUGGCCCAGAAGUGGCUCACACAAGCCCAGGCAUCACCACAAGCCUGGCACUUCUGCUGGGCUUUGCUCAGGCCAGACAAAGUUCCUGAGAUCCAGUUCUUUGGGGCAAGCACAUUACAUGCUAAAAUCUCCCGCCAUUGGUCCGACCUCCCGCCGGGUCAGUUAGACUCGCUCCGCUCGCAGCUCAUCACCCAGGUCGGCCAGUUUGCAUCGGGGCCUAAGCUGGUGCUGACGAGGCUCUGUGUCGCUCUGGCCUCUCUGGUUCUUCACGUCUUAGCCGAAACGUGGCCGACGGCAGUACCAGAUCUUCUGUGUGCCUUCCAGACUGGAGAGAGUGUGACGGAAGCUGACGGUCAAGCCCGAUGCCUCGCGCUUCUAGAGCUCCUCGCCGUUCUGCCCGAGGAGCUGCAAAGCAGCAGGAUCCCGGCCUCUCGGCGCUCACAGCUGAGAAGCGCUCUGGCUGUGGACUGGAGCUCGGUCUGCUCCCUGCUCCAGCAGUUACUACAGCAGCCGGACGCACCCUGUCCGGUCAGAGAGCAGGUGCUGAGGUGCGUGUCCUCCUGGCUCACGCUGGACAUCGCUUUAAAAGACAGCGAGGGGUUGCUGGAGAGCUGCUUGGCCCUGCUGAAGGAGUCUGAGUUGUUUGACACAGCCGUAGAGACCAUCGUCAGCAUCAUCUCACAGCCUGACUGUCAGAGGUUUGCAGACAGUCUGCUGAAGGUUGUUCCUCAGGUGCUGGGUCUUCAGGAGCAGCUAAAGAAGGCGGUGCAGGAUGGAGACAUGGAGACGUCUCACGGAAUCUGUCGCAUUGCUGUAGCUCUGGGAGAAACGCACUGCAGGACUCUUCUGGAGCAGGUGGAUCACUGGCAGGGCUUUCAGGCUCUAGUGAGCAUGAUUAUGUCCUGCACAGGUACACCUGGACACUAUCCUGUGGAUGAGACCUCCAGCUCGCUCACGCUCACAUUCUGGUACACCCUACAGGACGAUAUAACGUCAUUGGAUGCUGAGAGGCAGACGCUCUAUCUACAAAUCUACAGGCCUGUGUACUUCCAGCUGGUGGAUGUUCUGCUGCAGAAGGCCUGUUUCCCCAGAGAUGAGGACUAUGCCGUGUGGUCUGCAGAUGAUAAAGAGCAGUUCAAGACCUACAGGUUAAACAAAACUUUUGAGAAGGAAGAAAUACAACUCCCUCAGUGUAUGUGGAUAAUGCAGGCGCUGGGUUUCCUGCUCUCAGCCCUGCCCAGUGAUGAGAUUCUGGGGAAGCUGCUCUCUCUGGUCACCCCUCACAUCCAGCAGCUGGAGAAACUGGCCAAUGAGCCGCCCAGCUCUGCGAAUAAGCUUCCUAUUGUCCACAUCCUCGGCCUGCUGUCCGAUCUCUUCUCUACAUUUGACCUAAACAAGCAAAGCGAAAGAUCGGAGGUCAUGAGACCUGUCCAAACACAGCCACACCACAACAACCCGGUGGUGGUUGUCCUGCAGCAGGCCUUCCCUCUGAUCCAGACCAUUCUCAGCAAGUGGCUGAAUGAACCAGAGGUGGUCGAGGCGGUGUGUGCUGUCUUUGAGAAAUCACUGAAGACCCUUCUCCAUGACUUUGCACCACUGGUGACUCAGCUCUGUGAGCUCAUUGGUCAGAUGUUCAGCGCUUACCCACAAGCCUCGGCUUUAGACCUCACACGACAAUUAGUUCACAUUUUUGGCUGUGAGAAGGAUCUCUUUUCUCCAAUCAUUGCUCUGCUGGAGCUGAUUACCAAUAUCACCAUGUCCAUUUUUCAGCUCGGCUCCAGAGAUCAUCCAGAUGUGGUGGAGUCAUUUAUGCAGCUUCAUGCUCAGGCUUUGAGAAGAAAGUCUGACCUUUAUCUUUCAGACCGUCUUGAUAUCAAAGCUGUUUUCUACUGUGGAAUCUUGUCAUUCAAAUUUCCUGAAGCUCCAACACUGAAAGCAACUUGUCUGCUAUUUACGGAGCUGAUCUCUCAUUGUGAGCAGAUUCCUGCUGUGAGGGAGGUGCUACAGGAGGACGGCAAGCUGCUCCUUCAGACCCUACUAGAGGCCAUUGGGGGUCAGUCUCCACGCAGUCUGGCAGAGCACUUUGCAGAAGUCUUGUUUUCAGCGAGUCGUAACUGUCCCAGCAUGCUGUCUGUGUGGCUCAGAGAGGCUCUUCUGCCCCCUGGCUUCCCCAGCUCACAUCUCACCACUGAGCACAAAGAACACUUCUGCCAGCAGAUCCUCAGGGAACAAGUGAGUAAGCGACGGAUGAAGGACAUUGUGAAAGAGUUUGCUUUGUUGAGUCGAGGACUACAAGGUACCGAGUAUGCAGCGAACUACUAAACACUCUCCAUACAAGAUCCAGAGUGGAGUCGUCAUUGCUUUAGUAUUGUGGGGUCAAAAGAACCAGUGCACUGUUUUGAAUACAAUCAAGUCAUAUUGUUAACGGGUUAUGAUUGAAAAAGCAAUCUGAAUGAUUGAAAUAAUUGGAUAUUAUUUUUGUCAUCUUAUCACAUCUUCUGUAAACACCACAACAGCACUGAUUUCACCACAAAAAAAAAAAAUCAUUUUUGUUUUCAAAGAA